AUGGACUCGUCUCACUCUCAAUGGAUCCAACCCUUGGUUGCUGUCUCCGUCGGUUCCUUCAUCGCAUUCAGAGCUCACAGAAAAAAUUCCCUCAGCACUUCUGGUGCUUUCGCCGGUUUAUUCGUUAUGUCGCUUCACAUUCUUAUAGGAUUCAGGUUUGCGGCGAUGCUAUUUGCUUUCUUUUUCACUUCUUCUACCCUCACAAAGAAGGGACAAGAUAAGAAACGGUUAAUUGAUCCUGAAUUCAAAAUAGGUGGACAAAGAAACUGGAUACAAGUUCUGUCCAAUAGUGGUAUUGCCUCUAUUCUGGUUGUAGCUUUAUGGGUUUUAACAGAAGGGAAGGAUUAUUGCUUGGAUUCUAAAGACUCGCCUCUGAUUACUGCUCUUAUUGGUGGCGUUAUUGGCCAUUACUGCUGCUGCAAUGGAGACACCUGGUCUUCAGAGAUUGGAGUUCUCAGUGAUGACCGUCCUCGUCUUAUCACAACCUUUAAGCAUGUGAGGAAGGGUACAAAUGGUGGUGUGACAAAAACAGGACUUCUAGCAGCUGCAGGACUAGGUGGGAGUAUCAUAGACUCUCUAUUUGGUGCAACGUUACAGUUUAGUGGAUUCUGCUCAAUUCGCCAGAAGGUUGUUGGGAAGCCAGGACCAACUGUUAAAAAGAUUUCAGGUCUCAGCAUUCUUGACAACAAUGCAGUGAACUUUGUGUCUAUACUGUUGACCACGAUUUUAACUUCAAUAGCUUGUUUGUACAUAUUUUAG